AAUGGGGCAGGUGAGUCGAAUGGUGGCCAUAGUGGCUCUGCUCCUGCUGAUUGCUCCACAACCAGCACUGUUGAACAGUGACUCCUCAGAUGAGUCACUUGAGGCUGAGGCGAUUGAUAAGGAGAUCGAAGAUGCAAUGGGAAAUAUGCAAGCGCUCUUCGAAUUCGGCAGCGGAGUCACUGGAAAGGAAUCCAGGCAAAUCUCUAAGGCCUUCGAAAAUCUCAGUAAUUACAUUGUAAAAAAAUCCAAACCCAAACGCAAAUCCAGUUUAGAAGACCACAAUGACAAGGUUUUUAACAUCGAACCAGACGAAAACGUUAAAAUUCGAUUUGCUUACCAGCUACCAAUGGGGAUAAAACAUACAACUAAAAUCGGCAAGAAAAAGAAGAAGCCUGAAUACUUUUUAAACUUUUUAUUUAACAACUACCGAAAUCCCCAAAAACCCUUGGAUCAUAAUACACUCGCCAAAAAACUGAAAAUGCGACGAACUGGCAGACGAUUGCUGCCCAAUGGAAUGCCAAAUCCUUAUAAGUACUUUCCGCUUAAAGGCGAAGAUAUGUAGAUACUAUACUUCACAAUCUAUUGAUUUGCUUACUAACAAGCAGACCGAAAUGUUUACUCACUGAUAAUAAAAAUAGCUCUUUAGUGCUUAUUCAUUCACAAAAAAA